GUUAUUUCAGUCACAAUGCGCACUUAUGAAAAGAUCUACCAAAAAACUGUUUUCUGUGGCACCCAUGCAGUUUCAAGACAGAUAUCUAAAUCGGCCGAAAAAACAGCAACAAUACAAAAGUACACUAUUCAUAACUUCUCACCAUUUGUUGGAGAGAAUCCGAACGUAACAGAGGCGCAUACAGAAAGACCAAAAAUGACCGGUACGGGAUAUUUCGUUUUGUUCGUUGUCUGUUUGUUAGUGUUGAACACGUGUAAAGGUGAUUCGUGUGCAAAGCAAAUGAUGAGCAUGAAACUACAGCAGAAGACGACAAACAAGCAGUUAGAGGAGAUCGGAAAAAAGCUGGACAUGGUUCUUAGCAUCGUCCAACAACUGCAGAAUCAGUCCGUGGUUGGGCCGUGUCAUGCAGCUUACCAAGACUUCACGAGUAACGGGAACCCCGCUUACGAGCCACGAUGUGACGAGGAAGGCUUCUUUCAGCCAGUGCAGUUAUACGACGAUAUGGCAUUCUGCGUGACUAGAAACGGCAACAGUCUGGGAUAUGAAGUGCCUGCGAUGAUGGCUCAUCCGGAAAACGACUGCGCGUGCGCUCUAGCUGGCCGCUACUCGGAGUGCGCGGAUGAUGGCAGCUAUCGUCAGUACGAUGAUUUUAUGGGCGGACGUCAUGAUGAUUUUUAUUAAAGACGUAGCAUAACAAAGAAAGCAGAGCAAAGUCUGUUAAUAUGUUUUGAUACACAAAGACUGUAGUUUUCUUUGCGUACGUUCAAAAUAAUGCAAUUUGGUAUGACCGUAAUAAACCAAACGUACA